UUUGCACUUCUUUUCCUGUUCAGACUUUGGCCUUUCCCAGGGCUCGUGUGUCUCUGGGCGAGCUCAAGCACUGCAGGAAAACACCGCUCGGGGCUAGAAGUGACCCAAAAAGGACCAAAACCACCCCAAAAAAAGGGAUUUACAUCAAAGCGGGAGCAGAGGUGAGCCUCCGGAGGUGGCCGGCAGGAUGCUGAGGUGUGAGUUAUUCCUCACCGCCACCCUCCUCCUCCUUGGCCGUGGAAGCAGCGGGGCUGAUGGACCUGCCAAAAUCCCGUCGGUGGGAGUGAUGGGAAGGAGACCUCUGCAGCCCCCGGCUGCCAGCUGGAGCUUUCCCCGGAGGAAGCGAGAUGUGGAGCCACCUUCAUACCUGAAGUGGGUGGCUUUUGAAGGCACGCUGCCCGCCGAUGCCGUCUCCAACUGGAACGACUAUGCCAAGAGGAUGGAGUAUGUCUGCUCUACAGGAGUGCUCGGCUGCAACACUGGUGCCUACGUCCCCGACCGAGGUCCCUUCUGCUUCUUCCCGUUUGCAGAAAAGGAGCAGAGCACCCCCACCUUCAAGGUGUUAGUCAACGUGGGAGACUUUGAGGCGCUGGAUUGGGUGGACGCCUCCUUCGGCAGCGUGCCUGAAAACGCUGUGGAGGGCUGCCCAUCUGUUGAUGUCUUCGUUGGGAGGAACCGCUACGGCUUGGGCAAGGUCAGCAAAGAGCAGAGGGCUGCCUUCAUAGUGGUGGAUGAUGAGGAGGUUUGGUACAAGUGGUACCAAGUCUUGGUGGUCAAGAAGGGCCCAGCAGACAUCUCCAUCUCUGAUGUCCGCUACAACUUCAGUGGGGCAGUGGAGCACGGGGAGGACGUCACCCUGACGAAGACCACGAUGAAGAACGAGGGCUGCCAAGGGGUGCGGAAAGCUGUCACCUUGGAGGAGGCCACUGAGAUGGAGCACGACUGGGAGAUAGACCAGAGGGUCUUCGCCACCAUCCGUGGGGUGUUGCGAGCCGCCAUCUUGGCCUUCAAUGGGACGGGCUGGGAGGUCACCAAUGUCAACAACAUCCCCUGGGUGGGGGGAGCGAGCACCAGCGAGUAUGUUGUCCAUACCCGUGUGGUUGAGAAGGAGGUGCAGCCCCGGAUGGUGUGCACGGUGGCCCUGGAGGGACGCCGGUUGGACGUCCGCGUCCCUUUCACCGCGCAACUGACCCGUAAUUUUGGCGACGGUCAAGUGCACCACGUGGCUGUGACGGGGUGGGCUCGCAGCCGGGUGGUGGUGGGUGUCGGGGCCAGUGUCAAGCAGUGCUGGCCCAUCACUGAUGUCUCACCGUGCCGGGGGUAGAGGAUGGUGAGGCGGGUUGGUGCAUCCGGCACGUUCUACUGGGACACAGAAUACAAUGCCACGUGAUUUUUUUGCAAUCUUUUUUCUGGGUUGGUUUGUUUGUUUGUUUCCCCCCCCAAUAACUAUCAUCUCACCCCAAAACAGGAUGGCAGCAACUUGGAAUGCAGAAAAAUGUAUUUUUUUUGGCCUUCCAUAUUUUUUGUUUUCAUGGCAUAACCUUAAUCCCUCUCUGAAACGACAUGGCAACAACACAGAAUGCAGAAAAAUGUGGGGUUUUCUGUCUUUAUUUUCUAUUUUCUCCAAAAUAAGCUCCAUCUCUCCCCAAAAAGACACAGCAACAAUGUAGAAUAUAGAAAAGUGCUGGAUUUUGCAGCCUGCAUUUUCUAUUUUUUUCCCCAAUAACCUCCGUCUCUCCCUGAAACAGGACGGUACCAGCGUAGGACGCAGAAAAAUGCCUUUCUUAUGGUCUCUAUUUUUCCUUUUUUCCACCAUAACUUUCGUCAAUCGCCUCUCUCCAACCCGGCAGAGCAGCUGCCUGUUGAGGAACCUCUCUCCACCCAGAGCUGGAUGGACAUAAUUUCGUGCCGUGA